CCUGGGCCCCAGCGCAGCGGCUCUCCGGGGCCGGCCGGGGCGGGGAGCGCAGCGGGGCCGGGCUAAGUCGGGGACCGGGAGCAGGACCAGACCGCUCACCCCAGGGCUCGUGCGCGGUCCCAGCGGCUCCUGCUCCCCCCGGACUCCCCAGGCACCUCCCCUCCCGCUGCCCCCCAGCCAUGGCCGUGCCAAGCCCCGGCAAGUUCCAGUUCGCCAUCGACCGCGGUGGCACCUUCACCGACAUCUUCGCCCGCUGCCCCGGGGGGCGCGUCCGGGUGAUGAAGCUGCUGUCCGAGAACCCGGCCAACUACCGCGAUGCGCCCACGGAGGGCAUCCGCCGCAUCCUGCAGGAGGAAUGCGGCACUCCCUUUCCCCGCGACCACCCUCUGGACGCAUCAAGGAUAGAGUGGAUCCGCAUGGGGACCACGGUGGCCACCAACGCCCUGCUGGAGCGCAAAGGGGAGCGGAUCGCCCUGCUGAUCACCAAGGGCUUCCGGGAUCUCCUGCACAUCGGCAACCAGGCCCGGCCCAGAAUCUUUGACCUGGCGGUGGCAGUGCCCGAGGUGCUGUAUGAGGAGGUGGUCGAGGUGGACGAGCGGUUAAUCCUGCACCGCGCCGGCUGCCAGCUCCCCGGGGCUGACCCCAGCCAGGCACUCUCAGGCGUGAUGGGGGAUUUGCUGGUGGUGCAGCGCCCCGUGGACCUGGCCAUGCUGCGGAAAGACCUGCAGCGGCUGCUGGCGCGGGGGAUCCGGAGCCUGGCAGUGGUGCUCCUGCACUCCUACGCCUGGCCAGCCCAUGAGCAGCAGGUGGGGGCGCUGGCCCAGGAACUGGGCUUCCAGCACGUGUCUCUGUCCUCCUCGGUGAUGCCCAUGGUGCGGGUGGUGCCACGUGGGUACACCGCCUGCGCCGACGCCUACCUGACCCCCUGCAUCCGCCGCUACCUCGAUGGCUUCCGCGCCAGCUUCACCCAGCAGCUCCAGGACACCCAGGUGCUCUUCAUGCGCUCCGACGGGGGCCUGACCCCCAUGGGGCAGUUCAGUGGCUCCCGGGCCAUUCUGUCUGGCCCCGCCGGCGGCGUUGUGGGCUACGCGAUCACCACCUACAGCCAGGAGGAUGGGCAGCCUGUGAUCGGCUUUGACAUGGGAGGCACCUCGACGGACGUCAGCCGCUACGCCGGCGAGUACGAGCACGUCUUCGAGGCGACCACGGCCGGGAUCCGCAUCCAGGCCCCCCAGUUGGACAUCAACACUGUGGCGGCCGGCGGCGGCUCUGUGCUCUUCUUCCGGUCCGGGCUGUUUGUGGUUGGUCCCGAGUCCGCGGGGGCCCAUCCUGGCCCCGCCUGCUACAGGAAAGGGGGCCCCCUGACAGUGACCGACGCCAACCUGAGCCUGGGCCGCCUGCUGCCCCAUUACUUCCCCCACAUCUUCGGGCCGGGUGAGGACCAGCCGCUGUCGCGGGACGCCGCCCUGCAGGGCUUCCAGGAGCUCACUGCCCGCGUGAACGCCUUCCUGGCCAGCCAGGCGCCAGGCCCCCGCCCCCCUCUCACCGUGGAGGAGGUGGCCAUGGGCUUCAUCCAGGUGGCCAACGAGGCCAUGUGCCGGCCCAUCCGCUCCCUGACCGAGGGGGGGACUCUGGCUCCCCCGGGCUGAACUUGCUCAUCCUCAGAGAUGGACGAAUCAUCAACCUGGGGGGCAAGACGUCAGUGCGAGUGCUCCCCGGGGACGUCUUCCGCUUGCAGACCCCUGGCGGGGGUGGCUUUGGGUCAGCUGCUGACACCGGGGACUCCAUGGAGCGGCACCAGCCGUCUGACGCCAGGAGCUUCCCGGAGCGUGGCAGCGUGUAUGACUAUCGCCUGGCGCAGGAGAUGGCGUGAGGGCCCGGGUCGGGGUGUGGGAUGAGCCGCCCAACGGCUCUGCCCCGGUGCAGUGCGGGCUCUGGCCCCCUCCCGCAUCCUGUCCUCCUAAUGCGGGAGCAUGCUCUAAUGGGCCAGGACUUCUAGGUUCCAGUCAGCUGGGCCCUGCCUCGCUGUAUGACCUUCCCUGAGUCCCUGCUCCUCUCUGCCCCACUUGCAGGGGUCAUUCCUGGGCAUUUGCAGAGGGUUUGGGAGUCAUGGGGCUGGAGGUGCAGUUAGGGGCCCGAGCCAGGGCCUGUGGUGGCUGGGGCCAUGGGAACUCCCCUCCACGUGUACUGGAGCUGAAUAUCCCUGCUCUGUCAGCCCCACGGGGCCCCUGCUGCUCUCGGGGCGCAUCCCCGCCCCGCCAUGGAGGAGGGGCGUUAAGGGAGCUGCCUGGGGGGAGCGAGAGCAGCAUUUGCCCUCCGCCUCCAGCAGCGAGGCGCCGAUGCAGCAGUUCGGGUUCUCUCCAGGGAAGGGCGGCAUUUGCCCCAUCACAGGGUGUGGUAAGAUGAGGCCAUGAAACAUAAACCCUCGGUAUCAGAGGCCCGGUAUGAGGCCUGGACUAAAGUAAAGGUCAAGACUUUGCUAACACAAAGCAAAGUGAAGCUGUGAGCCAGAGGCAAGCCCUGCUCACAGAAGCUGGCAAGAAGGCUGCUAAUUGGACGUAUACACACAGCUAAAGGGUAUCAAGCACUAAUAGGAUAAACAUGGGCCAGGAUGGCACCAGAACAGUCCGGUACGAACACAUUCCACAGAGAUAAUGAGGAACAGGCUGAACCACCCUAAAAGACAGGGUCAAAAGGAUAAUCUGAUGGACAGACUUGUUCAAACCCACAUGUACCAGGGGAGAGGCGGCACCCCAACACGCAGAGGGGUUGCACCUCGAUACGUCAGGAGUGAUGUGGAAUUUGUACCUGUGUUUAAGAAUUUACUCGAGGAGUUGUCUUUGUCUGGCCUGGGGGGCACUGACUGAGCCGGUCCAUUGUUGGGGGGCCACAUAUUCGUAGUACGUCCUAUAGAGUCUGCGGGAAACUAUUCCCGUGCUUCGUUUGACAAUAAACCUGGCCGGGUGCCUUCGUACCUUA